AUGGUCGUCCAGACGAAUGGUCCCUUCAACUUCCUUCAUUUCGAAAUUUUUGUCCAGUCCACGCAGCUUUUGAGUAACUACACGAUUCAGUACAACGAUCCUUCUAUCCAAUACUCAGGAACAUGGUCUACUCCGACUUUGAAUGGAUUAACAAGUCCGACAGCACAGUCGAGCGAUCCCGCAGCAAUGAUGGCUCUCAACUUCACUGGUGUUGGCGUCGUGAUGCAGGCGAGCAUGGAUAACAAUAAUGGACCGUACAAUAUUGUUUUUGAUGGUCAAACUUCCUCAUAUACGCCAAACGUCCAGGGCUGGACUCUACCACCCGCAAUCCUGUACUAUGCCCUUGAUCUUCAAGCAGGUCAACACACCCUUACCAUGUCGAACACUGGCGCUGGAGGAUCAACGCUCACACUGAGCAGCAUCACCAUAGUGCAGCUUGCUUCGGAGGUUCAAACAACAACUGCACCUACAGGUGCCUCUAUAUCGCCAACCGCAUCGGCGAAUGGAUCGACCGCAGAUAGUGGUAGGACUACAAAUGUAGGCGCUAUUGCUGGCGGUGUCAUAGGAGGAAUUGCUCUUCUUGCCCUCCUUGCCCUGGUCGCGUUGCUCCUACUCCGACGGCGCAGACGAGUUGAUCCGCUAUCACCAACACCGUUCAUACCAACAAUGCACACGCCGCUCCCACCACCAAGUGUACUGGAGAAGACCACGGAGGCAAGUGUCAUUACCAACACAGUCACCGGGGCAAGUGUACGGAAUCCGCCCGCCUCGCUGGUUAACGACCCGGAUGCCCAGAACGAAGUAGUUGACCGAGUGCUGGAGAUUCUCGCUUCGAGAAUCGACGCACAUCCUCUGGCAACUACCUCGGGAAGCUCAGCGAGCGAGCCGCCGGAGUAUCGAGACACAAGAACAGCCAGUCAACGGCUGUAG